AUGCCGGCUGCCAUUAUGGAUGAGAAAUCUCAAAGAAGGAGCUCGGCUGCUGGUCAGCCUGCUCCUUCGCACUCCGUAUAUCAUCCCCGGACUGCUCCCAAACGCAGCGUUUCCUCUAAAGACCACCCUUCCAACUUGCCAGGGCGUCCUCAGCACCCAUCACUUUCCCGCGUCAAGGGCCGAACCAAUAUGUUUACUCCACCUCGAAUGAACGCAGAGGUCUCGUGGUUGAGAGACCAGUCACCUACCCAUCAGGGCACAAGGACACCAAUCCGCUCAUCUGAAACUCCCGAACCUGGCACCCCUACCCUAGUCAACCCUGCCUCAGCUCUCCUGCAGGAUUUACUGAAAGAAGAACGGGCACACCGAAGCUCCCGAGGAACCAUAUCAGAGGAUUACAAAGAAAAUGCGCCUCAAACUCCCGAGACCACUCGAACGCAGGAGGAUACUGCGUCCGAAAAAGCACGUAGGGUGAAUGACGUCUUCUCUGCUGGCCAAAGAAAACCGAAAGAGAUGGGCAUGCGGGAAAUGGACCAAUAUGUCUCGAAAAUGAACAGGCUCAACUUCGAUUUGAAGCUCGAGGUUUUCCACCGCACACAACAGAUGGCUGUGUAUGAAAAGAAGCUGGAACGUAUGGCAGAGAUGGAAGAACAACUAGCGCACAUGGAGGAUUUGGUAGCAGAAGUGGAGGAGCUUCGAACCGCCGAAAAAGACAACCAGACCCUCCGUGAAUCCAACGAGCAACUCCGCAUGGACCUUGACAAGCGAGACCUGGCUGUUACCGAAGCUGUCGAGCUCAUCUGCCAGUUGGAAUCAAAAAUCGAUAUGCUGGAGAAUGGCGGCCGAGGAUCCAGGCUGUCCAUGUCACGCCCUAUGACCGCCGAUGGCUCCGAGGCCUUUGCGUCAAAAUCCUGCGCUAGGAUCGACAUCCCGGAGAGAACCUCCUCCAAGCGAAAUUCAAGUAUCUUGAGCGUAGCUCAGCGCCAGACAUCCUCUGAGCUACGCAAGCUCUCGAAAGCGCCCUCCUUCCUACGCGCGGAUAACAAAAGUACUGCUACUUUGCGAAGCCUUUAUGCCCCUGAAGAAGAAACCCAGUCGCGCUCUGCAAGGACUGAGCUUUCGAAAUCAGAGAGCUUCCACACGACUACCGAGAUGAUGGAGCCUGAGUCACCCAGACUGAGCGUCCUGAGUGAAUGCAGUGAGCUGAACCCGUUGGAUACGCCUACGAGGUGGCAAGAAUUUGAUCAGCUCGAGAUCCCUGUGCGGAGAUCGUUGUCGGCCGCAGGCAGCUUGGAUAGCUAUGUCCCCCCGAACCGGCGGGAAGAAAGCAAAGAAGACCAGAUUGAUCGGUGGAUUCAGUCUCGAGAAGAUGUGAACCAGACUAUAAUCACGCGACGCAGGAACCGAGCAUCAUCUGAUGCUACCAAGGCUAGCAUCCCCAAUUUUACAACAGACUUGUAUGCUCCCAAGCCGCGUGGACGCGGGCGACUGGAUGCGUCUCUUUUCGGGGGCGUCAGGCUUCCUCCCACUCCUGACACUAUGAGUACAGCGCGUGCUACCGGUGCAAACCGAUCGCAUGGGUCGAAUGGUUCGAACGGGAGCAUUAGAACCCGAAAGAGUCCACAAACUGAGCUGGAUUUGUUUUUCCCUGGCAGGCGAGUCAAUCGCCCACGGUCUGCGGAAGAGAUGGCCAGCCACUACAGCUUCAAUGGCAGUGAGGUUGACGACAGCAUGCAAACCAACUACGGUGAUUCUCCUCGUCUAGGACUCACAGCCGAAGAGUCGCGCACCAUCUUACCCUCCUUCAAUACUGUUUCCUCUAAAGCCAGCGCGCUUCUUGGGCCCGGAAGCCCCGACAACCCUGUCAUUGAGACCUUUGAAGAUCAGUGCCACGAAAAUGCCAACGCAGCAUCAACCCCAACAAUUAAACGUGUCCGAAGCCCAAUCAAGGCUAUGACCCCGGAGCCGCAUACUCGUGACCGCGACUCUUCACCACUUACACCUCAAGACUGGGUUGCCGCUGCAAAGCAGAGUCCACGGUCUCGCAAGCCCAAGCCGCGUGACACCCGCCACGAGAUUCAACAGACCGAGCUGUCACCACACACUGCCGGCAGUCCUGCUACAUUCCACGACGACAGUAGCAUCGCUUCGGAUCCAAGCGAACAUGAGGUCCCUGGUAUCCCAACUCUUGACAUGAACACUCUGGACAUCCUGGAACAACCCCUCGACAUCGCACAGUCACAACUCAAACCUGAAGCUAGCCCUGAACCCCGUCGACGUCUCAGCUUCAUACCCCCAUUCUUCAACCGCUCAAACAACAACCCCCGUCGACUACAAGGCUCCCCAAUUCCAAAUGACUUUGAAGAUGACGAUGACGGCGCCCCAUCUCCGGUGAUCCCCAAAACGAGGACAAUGGCCGGCGCCUCCCGGAGACCCAUGUCCCAAGUAAUCACCGCCCCAACCGCCCUCUACCCCUCCAACCCGCCAAUCCACAAUGAAGAGUCUCUCUCGGCCCUCAGACCACGAGGGCUUGCUCAAUCGUUGACAAUGUCAACACUUGCCGACCAAUCCGGUUCAGCAACAGUUUCAGGACGCCCCUCUACAUCGCAUGGCCAUGAGGUGGAACACAAGCGACGCAGCUCGCUGGGUAUCUUUGGCUGGAUGAAGAGUAAACGCUCUGAUUCCGUGACUGUUCCCGAGACGGAGAAGUCUGGUGACUCUACGCAGAAAGAGAACCGCGCUCCCUCGCGUCUAGCCCACGAAACUAUCCAUGGCCUUGGAAUCCCCCGUGCUGAGACGCCGGACUCCAUGGAGGCCCAUGUGAGACCUCACUCUGAGAUGGCUAUUCAUGCUGAUGAUUAUGCGAGACGACCUCGGUAUAUGGGUCGUCGUGCUCGCCGGGGUUGA